CACGAGCAAGUCCAAUAUUGAAAACCUUGAUUUCAUAUUUUUAUUCAGAGUGUCAAGAUGUAUAUGUUGGAGUUCAGAUUGAAAUCUAGUUCAGUUUUAAACACAACUAGUUCAGACUGAAAUUUUCAUCUUCGCUAGUAGAAAUUGAAAUUAAGAUGCCUGCCCAUGCGGUAAAACAAAAUUCAGGUUACAGAAUGGAAAUUCGAGCUCAUUAAUUUCAUACACACAAAAUAUCGACUUACUGUACGGACGUAUUUUGUCUUUUACUUCUCUCUACUUAUACAUAUAUUUUAUACAUAUACAUAUAAUCACGCGCGCAGCGCGUGUAUAUAAAUUUUUAUAUAAAUUUAAACUUAUCCAUUAUUAUUGAUAAUUUAAUCAAAAUAAUAGCUAAUUAUCAUCAAAAUAACACCACGUUCUAUCCUAAUCAACAGCACAAUGGUUAUUUCAUCGAAAAUAUCAUUGGUCAUUCGUUAAAAAAUGGUUACAAUAAUCAACAGUGUCAAUGUUCUCAUUCUUCCUAUGAUCCACAAUCAAAUGUUUAUUAUCAUGCAAAAUCGAAUAUACAACAGCAUAUUCCACCUCCAGCUUCUACAAAUAUGCAAUUGAUUAAUUCUCCAGCACGUUCUAUUCGUCGCUCUCGUUCUAAUGAUUCUGAUGAUGAAGGUUUUCAGACAGUUACAAACAAGAAAAGUAAACAUCAAAACAAUUAUAACGAUCGUCCACAAACGUCUCAACAACAACAGGAGAAUGUUAAUUCUACUAAUAAUAAUAUCAUGACAAUGAAUGCACCACAUCCUAUUAUUAUGAAUUCAAACAAUCAUCAACAAAAUUUAAAAGAUCAUCAUUGCUCGUCAGAUCCUAAGUGCAAACACUGCAAUGGCGAUCAUGCAGCAAAUUCAACGAAAUGUCCAGUGGUAAAAUCGUUUCGUCCUGAGUUAACGCGAAAUCUGUUAAAUAACAAUAAUAAUCGCGCAUCAUCUUAUUCUUCAACAGUGAACAACAAUAAUAGUUAUCAAUAUAAUGCUUCAGAUUUUCCACAUAUGCCAACUCGAUGGUUGCCAUCAAACGGUUCGAUGAUUUCAAAGUUAGAUGAAUUAAUUACUGGUAUGUCUAAAGUCAAUGAAAUUUUAGAAAAAAUGUCAGAAACAAACAAGAUAUUUGAACAAUUUAUUAUUGACAAAAAUGAACAUGAUAUGAAAGUUAUCAAUGAAAUUGAACAUUUAAAGUCAAAUGAUAGAAAAUUAGAAAAGGACUUAGCAUUAUUCAAUGCAAAAAAUAUUAGUCAUGAUAAUCUGAUAAAACAGCAAGAUGAAAUGUUAAAAAAGUUGUUAUGA